UGGAAUUGGAUUGGUGAGAGUGAUGAAAAAGAACUCGUUUCAGAGGGUGACGAUUCACAAUUGGUGAAUCAAGUGAAUAAACUGAAAAAAGAUUUGAAAGAAUCCGUGCAAUUGGUGAUGUCAAUUGAUGAGACAAUCGCCAGUGCGAAUCGUAAAGCUGACGAUACGAAUGAGGUGAUCGAACGAUGGACACAAAUCAAGGAUCGAGCUCGUAACGACAUCGAGAACGCAAUCCAAUAUCUUGAGACCGAGGGACGUACACAAUGGGAGUUGGCCAAAGAGGCGUCUGCAAAAUACGGCGAGCAAAGUCAGCAACUGUCCGAAAUCGCGCAAGAGGCACGAAAGUUGGCCGAUAAACACGAGAAUAGGAGUCGAGAGAUUGAAAUGCUGGCCGAGAAGACGCAGAAUGCGUCCAAACAAGCGUUGACCGAGGCCAAGGAUGCAAUCUUUGGAGGUGAUGCGACCAGUAAAGAGAUAGCAAAUAUGCAGGUUCGAUUGAAGGACACUGGUGACUUGCUGAAUCAAACCAAUCAGCUUGCUGCGGAACAACUCACUGAAGCUGACAAGGCUUAUAAAGCAGCAGCUGAAAGCCUAACCACUGUUGAGGGACUUAAACUGCCCAAUGUCGAUCCACAGCAAUUGAAACUAGAAGCGAAACGAGUCUCUGAAGAUGCGAAAAUGGCUGCAGAGAAUGCAAAAGAGCAAGCGUCUGCGAAUAAGGAACUCCUUGAGGAAGCCGAAAGGAACGUUGCGAAUGCUGAAUAUGAACUUCAACGUGCCAAAGAUCAACAAAAGAUCUCCGAUGAAAUGCUAGCAGACGUGGAUGCAUCACGUGAAUCUGCUCGUGAAGCAGUUCAGUUGGCCGAAAACACUCUGAAGGAAGCCAAUCAAACGUUGAACACAUUGAACGGUAUUUUUUCCGGACUCUGUUAA